UAACCGUUCAGUUACCCCCUCCCUUCUCUUCUCGCGCGGCAAAACCAUACCCCCUCUUCCCUUCCCCUUCCCCUUCCCCUUCCCCUUCCCGAAAGCCUUGCUACCUGCCGGUUUCACCUGAAACCAUCGCCUUUGUGACGGAAAGGUCGCCAUACAAGUCGCGGUUAGAGCUGGGAAGGCAAGGAUUGGAUCUCGACGUAGUAAGGCCUCCAAAACUCCGAUCUUUCUCCUCCUUCCGCUCCCCUCCUACCAGAAACUAUACUAUUGAGGAAGAACUUAAGUUAUUUGCUUGUUCAAAUGUUUCGCCCUUACGAAUGAUGUUCUAAAAUGGACAACAACAAUGUGGCAUCGGAAGUCAUCUCCUUGAACUCAUCGAAUAAAAUGUCGAAAGAUGGGGUGAAGAUAAGAUGUCGCAGUCCAUUAUUGCUUUCAAAUAGUUUCGGCAAAGUUCACUCUCGAUAUCUCAGUGAACCUAUAGGUUCCUGCCAUAAUUUAUGCAAGUAUGGGAGGAAACACGGGUCUGAACACGGGGAAAAAAAUCUCACUUUUAGAAGGUUCAUGGCAAAUAGUAUUGAUUUUGUGAAAGGUCCAACUUGUAUUGACACAAAGAAAAAAAUGUUGAUUAUGAUGGAGCCUUCUGGUAAAGACAAAGUAGUGGAGCAAAAUAUUCAGCCAAAGGAAGUUGGGAUAUCUGAUAACUCUGUGAAUACUAAUCUGUUAACUUUAUUAUCCAAACAUCGAAGGGCUGUAUCUUCGCCACAGUUCAUGGUUUCAGAAGAACUGGAGCGGCGAACCGGAUCAUUAGCUAAGAAAAUUGGGUUGCUUAAUGAUUCCAUGAACAUUGUUUCAGAGACUCGCUCACCAGCUCAUAAAAGAAUUGAAUCUUUUGAGGAGAUUAUUCCUAGAAGCUCGGAGAAGAAGAUUCAGUCACAAGUUGAAGAUGAUGAAAAGGGUCAGAUAAACAUUGUUGAAUCCGAGAAAAUUAUCAAUGUUGACUCUCUGGCUCUUUUAUUUGAAAGUAAAAGCAAAGAAAUUUCCCCACAAGUGAUUCUCCCAGAAUUUCCAGAUAAUGAAAUAAUUUAUGAGAAAUUUUCAAAUGGUAGCAAUAACAAGAAACAGGUAAAUCAACCAAAAGUUUCAUCAUUGCCAAAAUCCACUCCUUUAAAAAGCAACAUUCUCAAACAGAAGAACUCAUCAGCUUCCACGGAAGCUGAGUUUGGAGACAACACAAAACUCGAAGUGAUGAAACAAAAGAAUUCAGUUAUCAUAAAAAAAUCUGCAUCUUUUAAGCUUCAAACUAAUAAUCAAAACGAUUCACUUCUUUCUAGAAAAGCAAAUAGUACUGCAGCGCCUGCAAUACCUUUGAAUGUGAGAACUCCAUUGAUGAGGUCCCAAUCUCAAUUGAAUACUUCCAAAAGCAUGAAUAAUAGGAUGAAUCGGGAAGAAAAAAGGGCAAACAGUAGUGAAAAGCCUGAAAUUGGGGAAAUGAAGUUAUUGAAGCCUCAAAAGACUCCUAUUUGUUCUACCGCACCCGCCUCUAGUACUGCUUCAAAAAAAGAAGAUAAGAGACAUGCAAUAAGGACUUCAGCUGCUCCACAACUAGCUGACAACUCUUCCUCUCCUUACAAAUUAAAAUUUCAAAGAGGCAAAGUGCUUGAACACAGAACACCUGAUACUACUGCCCCGAAAAGGCUUAGAUUCAAUAGAGGGAGAGUCCUUGGUGAAAAUUCCAAUGCUGAAGCCACAAAGAGAACCUUCAGGAGGAAGAGAGACAUUGGAGGCUCCAAAGAACAUAAUUCAGAUGCUCGCGCUGCCACGAUGAAGAAGGUCAAUUCAAAAGCUAAAACAAGCAUUUUUAAGUAUCAAGAUGCAGAGGUGAAGAAGGAGAUUCGAGGCCUUCUCAAUUAUGUGAUUGAGGAAACAGCAAGCAAGCUUGUUGAGGCCAAGAAGAGUAAGGUGAAAGCCUUAGUGGGUGCUUUCGAGACUGUGAUUUCGCUCCAGGAAGCCAAACCAGCAUCAUUGCUAAAGUUUGUUCCUUUCAAAUGAAGACAAUCGAAAAUGGGAUUUUAUGGAAAAAUGGAAGCUGACCUGCUACUCUGCCAUCUUCUUCUUCUUCUUCUUCUUCCUUGGCACUGAACCAUCUCGAAA